AUGGCACCUGGCCGGCGUAAAGGAAGGGCCACCGCGGUGGCGGCUGCCGCUCAGCAGCAGUGGAAGGUCGGCGAUCUCGUCCUGGCCAAGGUGAAGGGGUUCCCGCCCUGGCCGGCCAUGGUAUGUCCACUAAAGCCUUAAUUCUGUAAUCCCCCCUCUCCUCUCCGCAAAAAAGAAAAAGAAAAAAAACUUUUGGAGUUGUGCUUGUUGAUUGCAUCUGGUACUCUGGUGCGUUGGCCGUGUUUGCAAAGCACAAAUCUUCCACAAACUUUGGGUGGGUUCUUAGGACUCUGUUUUCUCUUUCUGUAGGUCAUCGAUCUUCAUGGAUGCAUGCUUAUUUUGCCGAGAUAAAUUUUGAUUCUAAUAUUUACCAUCAAGGGUUUCAGAAAAUUAAUCAUAGAGACUGUCCUCACACAUGAAAUUAUUGUCACUUUUCUUGUUUUAGCAUUUGCUUAAUCCCUUGGUUUGUAAAAGGCAACGUUGCAAAAAUAAUUACCCACGUCUUUCAUGAAAACCUAGGAAAAUUAAAUGUAGUAUGUUACUCUAUUUUUCGCUCGUUUGCUUACUGAACUUGAUCUGAUAAUUUCCCUUUCCUACUGGAAAUAUCAAUAGGGUUUUGGCUAGAGUCUUUUGCCAUUCAGAUUUGCGUGACUAUUGACUUUUCCUUUUUAAUUGCAGAUAAGUGAGCCCCAAAAGUGGGGUUAUUCAUCUGACAGGAAAAAAUUGUUUGUGUACUUUUUUGGUACGAAGCAAAUGUGAGUAGCAGCUUUCAUCAUUAUUUUCAAUACUUUUUUAAGGUUUCCAUGUGCUUAGCUGUAGCCUUUAAGGUCUUUUCAUUCUAUGUUUCGAGUUUUGGUUUUAAAAAAAUGAAGAUUAAAUUAUAACUAAAAUCUAUUUUUUGAAUAACUUUAAAGUUAAUUUUCAUUCUUUUAGCCGACUUGUAAGAUUAUGACCAUAUGCUUUUUCUAAUCAAUUAACAUUCACCUUCCUUCCAUGAAAAAUGAAGGAUGGGAUAAUGAACACGUUUUUGUAGGUCUGUUAGUACGAUGUAAAUUCUCUUAAGUUUACUUGAGUAUUAGACUGAGAUUAUUCUGGUCACAGUGUCUAGAAAAUGAGCUUGAAGAUGGACCUCUAUGAAGGUUGGUGUACGUAGAUGCGUUUGUACUGUUAAAUGGCUUACAUAAAUGAGCUUAACAUUUUAUAUAUUUACUAGUUUUCCCGAUUAGCUGAAACCGGAUAGAAGAUGGCUUUUGAUGGAAAGUAGUACCAAAUGAUAAAAUUAGAGAUGUUCUAUCAAGGUCUGGGUUCUUCAUGUUGCUGCUGUGAUAUACUGUGGAAUUCCUUCUAAUGAUAUAUUGAUCCUUAAAUUAUGGUGGCAGUUAUUUUAUUUUAUUUUUUUUUGUAUACAACCGUUGAUCAUAGUUUAUUCGAUCUUCCUGCACUAUUGGAAUUGUUUUUAGAGAAGUUUGACUGUCAACAGAAAACAACCUAUACUGUGCAGGCAGUUGUUUCAAAUCAGUUCAUCAUUCGCCAGGCCAUAUGA